AUGACCAAAGGAAUGGUGCGUGAAGUGGAUCAAGUUAUAGGUGGUCUCUCAACGCUAUUUAUAAGCGUCGGGCUGCUCGUGCUACGUGAAUUGUAUCGAAGUAUACGAGACAAUCAGGGCAAAUGGGAACGUUGUGACUUGGAUGGAGGUGGAAAGGACGUCUAUUAUCAGAAAAAGUAUGGGAUGCCCAAGUUGCCAUUAUUCCAGCAUCGAGGAGGUUGCGAUUGUGGUUCUCUGCGAUUUAUGGUCCUUGCACCAAAAAGAGUCGAGGCGUUUGAUGAUAGUAACACGUUUUCGUGCAAAAAAGGAAGAUUUCCGCUUCUGAUUGUCUCGACGUCUUGCUUUGAGAUGAUGGAGUCAUCGGAUGUGUCAUUGUAUGAGAGUCAAGCUACGUCAUGCCAACAUGUCUUUUGCGCCAAAUGUGGUAUUCACAUCUUCCAAUUCGAUCAGACACAGCCAGACUGCGUUGCUGUCAAUCUGUACUGCGUGGAAGACGAGAACUUUGACGACAUAAAGAUCAUAUUUAUUCCAAGAGGCGCAAAGCCAGUCUUCGGACAAGCCAACCGACUGCCUUUGCCGUCGGAGCAGCCGUAUCGACGUCCACUGCAGUCUCAGGGAUUCGACACUGUCCGAGAAGACAGUGAUGAGUCGAUCAUUGCGUUCCAGAAGCAGAUGAUGAUGUGGGCCCGUCUGGACAAUCACGAAAAGUACCGAGAACUACCAUCGGAUGACACGCAUUCUACCGUCAGCUCGACCAGCCCCGCCAGGCGCUUUUCGUUUGCAUCGUCAGAAGACACGACAUCCGUGACAAAGGACCAGCUGGAGUUUUAUCUCAAGCGUCAUUUGCAUAAUCCUUUGGACGAAGAGUUUCGCGUGUAG